GUGUCUGGGCCGUGAGGAGGAGCAGCAGGAGGAGGAAAGAAAAAGGGAAGAGAGGCUGCUUGGAGCUGCCUGUAGACCCCCUGAACUAGAGAGGAGAUGAUAAACAACAAGAACAAAAACAAAAAUAACAACAACGUAGACGACACUCAGCUUCAAUCUGACUGCUGCAGCUUCUUCACAUAACAAACAUUUAUCCUCCGAGUCUGAACGCUACCAUCUGGACGUGUCUUUUUUCUUUUUUUGAAGUUGUUGGGAACUUUUUUUUCCCGGCUGGUUUCUGCAGUCUUCAACUGAACGCCUCACUGCUGUUGGAGAAUAUAUAUAAAAAAAAAAAAACAGCGACGAAACUUCCGAAGAAGAAGACAUUAUGGAAACCCUGGACAGUAGUGAACCGUUUCUACACUGGGACAGGAACCUGAGUGAGCUGUCUGAGGCCGGGGAGAUCGACUGUGUGCUCUACACCAAUCACUUCUCCGAGCUCCUAGACGACCUCUCCCAUGAUGCUUUGCUGGGCCAGCUGCUCAGCGACCCCUUCCUGUCCGGAGUGAGGGGCGGCGUGGAGGCCAUGGAGGGGGAGGACGGGGGAGACCUGUCCCCGUCGUCCCCUCUGCCCCCUCACAUCACGGCCGAGCACAGCUACUCGCUCUGCGGGGACAGCCGACCUCAGUCGCCGCUGUCGCACCUGACCGGAGAGCACGGCAGUGAAGCAGGAGAGUCUGACGGGGAUUCAUCCGAGUGGCCGAUGGAGCAGGACGAGGCCAUCGAAAGCCUCCUGUGCGAGACCCCCUCCCUCCUCCCCACCCUCUCCCUCUCUCUGACCACAGCGGGGGCCCCAGCACCCGAGGACCCCACCGUGGCCCCUGCUGCUGCUGCUGCUGCUGCUGUAGCUCCAUCCACCCCAGUUCAACCCCCGGUGAACAGCAACAACCAGGGCAAAGGCAUCAAGAUUAAGGAGGAGAACAUCGUCCCCCAGAUUAAACUGGAACCUCAUGAAGUGGACCAGUUUCUCAAUCUUUCCCCCAAAGGUCUGGAGUCUCUGCAGAUGCCUCCCACUCCUCCCAGCUCCCACGGCAGCGACUCAGAGGGCAGCCAGAGCCCCGUUCACGCCCCGCCCAGCCUCUCCUGCCCCACCUCCCCCACCAGCCCUCCACCGUCACAGGCCAGCCUGAAGGUGUCGCCCCGCGCUGCUUCAUGUCUCUCCAACUCCCCUCUGCUCACCGCCCCUCAUAAGCUGCAGGGGUCGGGUCCGUUGAUCCUGACUGAAGAAGAGCGCCGCACGCUGGUGGCCGAAGGUUACCCUGUCCCCACCAAACUGCCGCUCACCAAAGCCGAGGAGAAGGCGCUGAAGAAGAUCCGCAGGAAGAUCAAAAAUAAGAUUUCAGCUCAGGAGAGUCGCAGGAAGAAGAAAGAGUACAUGGACACUCUGGAGAAGAAGGUGGAGACCUGCUCCAACGAAAACCACGAGCUGCGGAGGAAAAUGGAAACUCUGGAGUGUACCAACAAGUCUCUGCUGCAGCAGCUGCAGUCGCUGCAGGCGAUGGUGGCCGGCAAAAUCCCCAAAUCCUGCCGGGUGGCUGGUACCCAGACCUCCUCAUGCCUAAUGGUGGUCGUGUUGUGUUUCUCUCUGUUUUUGGGGAGUUUCUACCCUAGCAGUUUGACUCCAGCCUCCAGCGUCACUGAAACCGGCUUCACAUCCAAACAGCUGGCUGUCAAAGACUCGUAUUUGGCUACAGUAAAAUCGAGGAGUCUGUUAUCGACCUUCGAAGAAGAGCAGCCGCACCUCCUCGGCCUGGGAGGAGAAUAUCCCGACCAAUGGGAGGACACGUCAGCUGUCGUCAUGGCGGCGUGGCGUCGCUCAGAGCAACAAAAACUGGCGGUGGAGCCCGGCAGCGUUGAGACACACCCGCUUUUCAGGAGCAAAAGCAACGACACGCAGACAUCGAAAAACCUGCUCAUGGAUAUGCACAGGUCUCUGGAUCAGCGGGCGAACGAGAGCAGCAGUAAAGUGAUAGAGCUGGAGCGAACGGUCAACGAGACCUCCUGAGGUUCAUGUAAACAAGCCCCUCUUCCCCCCCCCCACCACCACCCUAAACCCUGUGAUGACCUCCCCCCCCCCCCCCCCCUCCUCUCUGGAGCAUGGUUCAGUGUCCUGGAGUAAACCUCAUACAGUAGUUCCCACUGCUGAUCGUUUAAGGUCUUUUUUUUUCUACAUCAGAUACACUGUAAUAAUAAUAAAUAAUAAAUAAUAAUAUUAAUAGUAUGAACUAAGAGGCACUGGUUUGCCUCAUUUCUGAAAUAAAGUUGCACUGAAUAGUUUUUACGAGUCAACUUCCCGGUUGUAUCUGUCCCCCCCCCCCCCGAUUGAUGCGGCUUAAAACACUGCAAAAAAAAAAGAUGAAAUCAUAACACGCUAUAAAAAAUGUAGCGUUGCAUUUACUCCAAUGGAAAGUAAAUUAAAAUAUAACGUGGGGCUUUUUACAGGACACUGACGAGAACCUUUGAACCUUUGUAUUUAUAGAAACCUGUUUUUUUAUUUUGCAUAAAAAAUAUUGCUCUUUUUUUAGUUUGUAUUUCUUUAACUGUUGAAUCUUUUUAUUUCAUUCCAGUGAUGAGAAAGUGCCUGUUUUGAUAUUCUUUUAUGUUCAUAAUGUAUUUUUUAUGUUAUCCUACUCUUUUAUAUAUAUAUUGUACAUGUGAGGGCUUAGCUUGGUGAUCCCGCGCUAGUUUCUGAAAAAAAAUUCAGAAUUUUUCAGUUUGUUUUUGUAUAAAAGUUCAUCUUCACAAACGAAAAUGGAUUAUUGAAUUAUGACCAUAUUUGGGUUGUUUAUCCCCAAAUUUGUGAUUUCCUGUUAAUGGAUUCUGACUGAAAAAUGAAUAUUUUUGUUUUCCAACUGUAAACUAUUGACUCCCCCCCUACCCGACAAAUUUUACACCCUGCUAGCUUUACUUCAGUCAUAUUUCUUUAGCUCUGUCACUAUGAUGGAAAUCUGCAGGCAAGCCAGAAUAUUUCAAUCUCGGUGUUUGGCUGAAGUUUUGGUUUAUUCUUAAAAGCGUCUAAAGGAUUUCAUUAAACUGUUUUUUUUCAUAAUACACAUAAACGACCUAUAAUUCACCCAAUAAUAUUAAUCUUUUCUUACAGAAGUUUGACUUUUUCUUUUUCUUUUGUAAAGCUUAAGAGAAAUGAGAUGAGAGUGUGAUACAUCUUACUCAUAGCUAUCUGCUGAAGCUACAGGUAGCAUCUUGGUCAAACAAGCUAAUGUGGCUCUUUCUAAAAGUAAUAUCAAAUAUCCACAUCUCUAAAAGUUGUUAACUUACAAAUAUUUACUUUUAUUUCACAAACUUAAGAUAUGCUAGGAGACAAAUUUUAUUACUUUAGAUCGAGCCUAGCUAGCUCGUUUCUCGUUUUUCCACUCUGUAAUCUUCUCUUCUAUUUCCUGUCUAGAAAGCAGGUAAACACCCCCCCCCCCUCCCCCCCAUAGGUCAAACUUUGUCUUUUUAAAUUGUUAAAAAAACAACACCCUGCACUGACUUUGAACGUGAAACACUUUUUUGCCUUAAACACAUUUGUACUGUUCGCUAAAAGAGUCUUUAUCUGCUUUCUCUCAGCAUUUGCCAAAAACAUUUCUUUUCCCAGAAAUGAUUAAAAAAAAAAAAGUAUCUAUUUUUGUAAAUAUAAGUUGUGAAUAAAUAAGGAAGUCUAAACGUGUCUGGGGAAACUAAUCCAUAUUUCAUAAGGAGGCUAUUCUGGGAGCUGUGUUGAUGAAUUAUUAACGUCAGAUGUGUUUAAUUCACAUUUUGUCCUUACUCUCUGGUGGUUGUAAUUUGUGAAUUAGAUAUCAUGGCUUUAAAGGUGUAACUUGUCCAUUUCAAAUGCAUUACAUGUAAGGGGUUUGAAUGUCUGUGCUUUAUUUAAACAUGUGUUUAACGUGAGGCCAGUUCCACUUUUUGUAAAAAUUACAAAAAACUCUUUCAUGCAGUUAAGGUAUUUACUGCAAGAUGGUUUAAAGUAGAUUAUCAAGCAAAGAGUAAUUAUAAAAUAUACUUUAUAAGAAAGGAUUCAUCAUGCUGUCGGCAGAAAUAGUGCCCAAUCAUGCUUAGAGACUAUACAGUGCAAUAUUUUUGUACUUUGUACAGCUUUGUAGAUCAGUGGCUAGCUCAUCAAAGAUAAACGUGAUCAGUCUGUUUGUUGUUCAGAGUCUUUACUCCGAGGUCGCUGAACAUGCAUUCCUUUCUGUCUUUACAAAGGAAACACAAGAAAUACAUUUGUUGUUGUUUUUUUUGCUUUUCCUCCUCCAGUUGUGACCAAAAUGAGUUGCCAGUGGAGAUUAUAUUUCCGAGUCAGACUUUGUUUAUGUGUUGCUUCUUUGUAAAGACAUCCUGACUUUAGGCUUUCUGUCUUUUUUUUUUCUUCUUGCUUUCAAGUAAAUAAAGUAUUUUCCUUAGUAAAAGCAUCA